GUGUUCGUGUUCGCGCGUGCGUUCCUUCCCCAAACUUCCGCAAACUCUCUUCAGUCAGUCAUCAUGUCCAACAAUAACGCGAGCAGCAGUAGUGUGGCUGUGGCGACGAAAGCCGUCAAACAGCUCAGACUAGAGGCCAAAAUACGGCGAAUUAACGUGUCUCAAGCUGCCACAGACCUGAAGAACUUCUGCCUGCAAAAUGCCCACAAAGACCCUCUGCUGAUGGGCGUCCCGUCCAGCGACAACCCCUUCCGUCCGCCGAAGUCCUGCGGGCUGCUCUGAGCUGCUCCUGCAGGCGGUGAAGCCAUUUCAGAAGACAUGUCAGUCCUAAAGCAUCCGUUUCUGCCUUUACACUACUUCAUAAAGAGCUCACUACACACAAAAAACACUAAAAAAAAAAAUUCCCAUUGUGUUCGUUCUCUUCACACUUGUUUUGCUGUUUGUUUGAAUGAACUGUAUUAUGAGUAAUAAUACUUUGACUAUGCUGAAUUUACACUGUAUGACAUGGUACGAUCAGUUACUGUAUUUACGUUUCCAAAAAUUCAUUACCCAUAACACUAAAAGCUGUUUUAUUCCAUGUGAUGUGUAUAAAACAAAAAGAGUUUGUAUGAAGUUUUCCCUGGUUUAUGUGGAAGGGAUUGAAGAAUUAAAAACUAUUAGAAUGUUUUUCCUAGCUAAAACUAGCUGACAUAAAAAGAUUUACUAUAGUGUUUUACUAAUUUAUGGCCAGCAGAAUUUGGCUUGAAGGUCGUUUUAAGCAUGCUUUGUGUUCAGAUACAGUGUUCACCCUCACAGUUUGGACAUCUCCCUUUAUCUGACACUUGUUUCAGGUCUUGGAGUCUCUAUUAAUGAGCCGAUAAGUUGAAUCAGGUGCAUUUGAUGAGGGAGAUGUAAUAAAUGUGCAGUGUUGGGAAACCCUGAUCGACACGAUCACCUACUGAAUGAACGUGUUACGUUUGAAUCUUUUUCCAUUGUCUUUUUGCUUUUAAAAUAAAGUGUUAUUGAUCAUUUA